CAUUGUCCUUCCAAAAUCAUGCGGCACGGCUCGCCAUUCUCGGCUGGCCGCACGCGCUGCUCGCUCGCGGUCGCGCUGCUUGUGCUCGUCGCCUGCUCGGCAUGGCUUGCUGCUGACGCUGAUGCUGCUGAGCAGGUCGACGCGCACGCUGCCAGCCACCCCAUCCUCACCUCGAGGUCACAAGCUCGGCGCUACCAAGCGUGGCGCUCCAUCUCUGCCGUCGUCGAAAGCCGCCGCCGCCACUCGGACGGAUUGCCACUAACAUCCUCAUCUGCAUCAUCAUCAUCAGCGUCGUCGUCGUCGUCGCUGGCAGGGGCUGGUCACAGCAACGCCCGUGCCCGUCGCACUCCCGGUGACGAUGACUUUUGCCCAGAGGCAAGCUUCCUGGCGAUGGGUGUGCUGGUGAGCAACUUUACGACGUGCGUGGCCAACUACUCGCACCCGACGCGGUACUGCGAGCUGUGCCAAGACGCCAAAAACGCCGUCAAGGACGAGCUGAACAAGCUCUCGAGCGAGUGCACAACGAGCAUCCCGAUCUCAUCUGCAUCGGCAUAUGUGCAGAGUGUGUGGAGCCAAGCGAGCUGCGACUCGUGCACGGAUGACGAGUACACCACCCUCGAGGAAAAGGCGCAGGAGCUGCUGCACUGCUUCAACGAUCCCGAUGUUGGCAACGACACUUGCCAGGUUUGCAAUGCCGCGUACAACAACGUGGUGAACUACUACCAGGGUCUGUCAAGCAACUGUCAGCAAAACUCUGACAUGUUUGAUAUCUUUGUGGCCGUCCAAACAUCGUGGUCGGCGUACUCGUGCGACGCCUCCAAAACCACGUCCUCCAAGCUCAUCGCCGUGAUUGUCGUUGUGUUCUCGCUUCCCUCUCUCUUUUACUUGUCAGUCUACCUCAUUGGGCGGUUUUUGAAACGGAGAAAGGCUCGUCUGUCUCGUGCUCGCAAGUAGUAGAUUAUUGAGCCAUUUGACUGCGAUUCUGGCCCAGUCCUCUUUGUGAAUAAGUUGUAAUUUUUCCAAAAACAAAAAAGGUUGUUUGUCCG